AUGGUAUCAAAGGAAACUUCAGAACAAAUAUUUCAACGCCUCAAAGAAGAUCCACUCAACAAUGUAUGCUUCGAUUGCUCUUCAAGAAAUCCAGACUGGGCUUCUGUGAGCAAUGGAAUUUUCUUAUGCCUUCAAUGUGCAGGGAUUCAUAGGGGUUAUGGAGUACAUAUCAGUUUUGUUAGAUCUUUAUCAAUGGACACAUGGACUAUCAAACAGCUUAAAAUUAUGACAGUUGGUGGCAAUAAAGCAUUAGCAGAUUUCUUUGCAAAUUACAAUAUCCCAGCUGAUCUUCCAUCCAAUAUUUCUAAGUAUAAGACUCGCGCAGCCCAGUAUUAUCGUGAUAAAAUAAAGAUCGUCGCAGAAGGAAUCAACUAUGAAGCACCUCAGCCAAUACAAGAAGUCGGAAUCUUGCCAAUUGAAGAAGAGGAAAGAAAGUUUCCAGAACCUCCACGUCAGCAAGCUGAACAAUCGUCAUCAGGCUUUUCUUGGACUAAGACCUUUGGCUCUGCUCUUACUAUGACCCAGAAUAUUGGGAAAAAAAUUGCUGACAAAACAAAAGAAAUCAGUCAAAAACCUAUCGUACAGGAAUGGGAAGCAAAAACAAAGCAAGCCUUUUCUGCAGCUGUUGAAAAAACAAAAGAAUGAAGUGAAGCUCCUUCAGUACAAAACAUUAAAGAAAAAACCACAAACGCAAUUAAAGAAAUCAGCCAAAGCUCAGCAGUGCAAAAUAUAAAAGAUAAAACAAAAAGCGCAUUGACUUCUAUUGCAGGAAAAGCCAGGGAAACUUAUGAUUCAAUUCAUAGCAGGCCUCAAGACCAGGAGUCUAGCCAAGAAUAUGAAAGAUUACCAAGUCAAGAAAAUGAAAGACUGCCAAAUCAAUAA